CACCCACUCUCCUUCCUGCCCCUCAAAUCGCAUCGCAUUCGCCGACGCGGCACGCCGGCGACGGUGGUUUGGUUUGUUCUGCCUUCCCUCGCACCCCCCUUCCCCUGGCAUCCCAUCCCGCCCGCCCCGAUGAAGAUCACGGCCCUGCUGGUGCUCCGGUCCCCGGGGGACGCCUCCUCCUCCUCCUCGUCGUCUUUGUCGGCGGGAGGAGGGGGCGGCGGCGGCGGGGAGCCGCAGCAGCAGGCGGCGGUGCUGGCGAACGCGUCGGACGUGACCCGCUUCGGCUUCUUCCAGCGGCCCGCCGCGCGCGAGUUCAUCGUCUUCGUCGCCCGCACCGUCGCGCUUCGCACCCGCGCCGGCACCCGCCAGACCGUCCAGCACCAAGAGUACAAGGUGCAUUGCUACAACCAGGGCGGCCUCUGCGCCGUCGCCUUCACCGACGACCACUACCCCGUCCGGAGCGCCUUCUCCCUCCUCGGCAAGGUUCUCGAGGACUACCUCAAGAGUUUCGGAGAGUCGUGGAGGACAGCCAAAGACGACGCCACCCAGCAUUGGCAAUAUCUCGAUGACGCCUUGACAAAAUACCAGGAUCCUGCUGAGGCCGACAAGCUGCUGAAGAUCCAGAGAGACUUAGAUGAAACCAAGAUUAUUCUUCACAAGACCAUCGACAGUGUGUUGCAAAGAGGCGAACGACUGGAUAGCCUAGUAGAGAAGAGUUCUGAUCUAAGCGCCGCUUCACAGAUGUUCUACAAGCAGGCCAAGAGAACGAACUCAUGCUGCACAAUCCUGUGAUAAUCAAGCUCAGCUCCCUAGGGCUGCGGGGCGUCGAUAGCUUGACCAGCAGUGUCGAAAUUUAAGCGCGUCUCCAUCCAUUUUCUCUGCUAUGACCUGAUCCUGAGACGUAGUAGUAGUUGUCAUAAACACCACGAUCGGUAUCGAAAUUUAGGGUUGAACAAAGCUAGCUCAGUGCCACUAGUUCUCAUGUGUGACUCUGUAAAUAAUGCAUAAGUGUGGUCAUUUUCUCGUCUAUAAGAACAAAAUGAAGGCCCAACAUGCUGAUCCAA